AUGUCUCUCCCCGAGAGGCCUGGUGGGAGGACCUCGUACGAGCAGCGCACUGCCUACCGUCAAUCCACGCGCCGUAGCCGGCACCAUGAUGUCGAGGCCGGCGGCUCAUAUGCAGGUCGGGAAGAGAACCUCCAUUCCCGUGCGACUUCUUCCGGCUCGUUCGCCACAACGGUACCUGCCCGUUCUAACGCAACAGCAGACGAUGUGCCUCUGUCACCAGACCUUGAAAGCGCCAUGGACCAGCCCGUGUCCAGAAAGCGAAGUUUGAUCAGGCCCGAGCGGAACAGGAUAGGGAAAAACCAUCCAAAUUACCACUACCGCCAACAUGCCUCCAAGAUGCAGACCCUGCCCCCGAGCACUGGCACCGAGGCGGUGUACGAGGAUCUCGAAGGAACAACAUACUUGACCACGUCGAAUCGCGAUGAUGCAGUCUCGGACUCGAUCGCUUCCCGGGACAAGAAGAGGAGUAGUGGUGGCAGCGGCGAUGCCGACAAGGAGCGCCGUUCUAGGAGGAGAGCAAACAGCCGGAAGCACUCUGGGAAAAUCUCCAAGAAGAAGCAGAAGAAGGAGACGGAGCAGAUCCGGCCUCCCAGUUUAUGGGACAUCUACUGCGCCAUCCUUACCUUCUGGGCCCCCAAUUUUAUUCUGAAGUGCUUCGGAAUAAAGUCGAAAGACCAGGCGCGGGCGUGGCGCGAGAAGAUGGGUCUUUUGAGCAUCAUCGGAAUCAUCAUGGCAUGCGUUGGUUUCCUCACAUUUGGUUUUACUAGGACGGUCUGUGGGACGCCUUCGGAGCGUCUCCAGGUAAACCACGUCGACAGCGGAUACAUGAUCUUUUUCGGCCAGGCAUACGAUCUCUCCAGCUCUCAUCAUCCCGUGGCCGAGGGCAUACCGGCCGAGUCAGAUGGAGAUGGCGCCAACGUUCUCUACGAUCUUCCCGAGAAACACGGCGGCCAAGACGGAAGUUUCUUGUUUCAGCAGGUGAAUGGGAAGUGCAAGGGAAUGGUCACUCUAGCAGAAGGCUCGGAUGUGCCGACAAAUGAUGAUGGUGACCUGGCCUGGUACUUUCCGUGCAACACCUUCAACCAGGACGGGUCUACCUCACCAAACCUCACAAUCCCGUACUACCUCGGAUAUGCCUGCCAUACCUCGAGCAAGGGCCGCACCGAAUUUUACGAUCUCACGCCCUCCGCUGAUGUCUACUUUACCUGGGAUGACGUCGCGAACAAUUCCCGAAAUCUCAUGGUCUACUCCGGAAGCGUGCUGGAUCUGAACCUUCUCAAAUGGUUCAAUACGUCCCAAGUGUCCGUCCCUAGCCACUGGAAUGACCUUGCUGACAAUACCACGGCUGCAAACAAGGCAGUUCGAGGCCGUGACGCCACGCACACAUUGUUGAAGGCAGGCGACAAGGCAACGGCAGAAUGCCUCGAGCAGAUCAUCAAGGUCGGAUCAGUUGACUCGGACUCGGUAGGCUGCAUUGCUUCCAAGGUCGUCCUAUACCUUUCGCUCGUUCUUAUCCUCUCGGUUGUCGUUGUGCGCUUCGUCCUGGCCAUCAUGUUCCAAUGGUUCAUCAGCAGACGCUACGCAGCGUCCAAGACAUCGCAGUCGUCAGACAAGAGAAAGCGGAAUCAGCAAAUUGAGGAUUGGUCCGAGGACAUCUAUCGGGCGCCAGCUCGCUUGCCUGGUGAUGUCGGCAGCAGUGUUGCGGGUGCCUCUUCCGAUCGAACAAGCAAGCGGGCUAGCACUUUCCUGCCCACGACCUCCCGGUUCUCGACUGUCUACGGCAUCGACAGGGGCUCUCGGAGGCCGACUAUGCCCACGACCAUGGCCAGCCAGAGCUCGGGGGCUGCCCUGCUUCACCCGAACUCCGUGUACGGAGGAGCCGACAACAGUCGGAACAGCCUGAUGGCCUCCGACCCCUACGGCUCCCAGCCCAGCCCCGAGGGUCCUGGUCCGGCAGGUUUUAUUCACGAGGCAGUCGUACCGCAGCCGCCCUCAGACUGGAUGCCUUUUGGGUUCCCUCUUGCGCAUACUCUCUUGCUCGUCACUGCCUACUCCGAGGGUGAGAUGGGCAUCCGCACGACCCUGGACUCCCUCGCCACGACCGACUACCCAAACAGCCACAAAUGUAUCCUCGUUAUUUGCGAUGGUAUCAUCAAGGGCAAAGGCGAGGAGAUGUCCACUCCCGACUACUGUCUGAGCAUGAUGAGGGACUUUACCAUCUUGCCAGAGGAGGUUCAGCCAUUCUCCUACGUCGCUGUUGCUUCCGGCUCCAAGCGACACAACAUGGCCAAGAUCUACUCUGGUUUCUACGACUUUGGUGCCAAGUCCCGGAUCCCAGUGGACAAACAGCAACGGGUUCCUAUGAUGCUUGUAGUCAAGUGCGGUACGCCCGCAGAGGAGAACAAGUCUAAGCCCGGAAACCGAGGCAAGCGUGACAGUCAGAUCAUCCUCAUGUCCUUCCUGCAAAAGGUCAUGUUCGACGAGCGCAUGACUGAACUCGAGUAUGAAAUGUUCAAUGGACUAUGGAAGGUCACUGGAAUAUCACCCGACUUCUACGAAAUAGUGUUGAUGGUGGACGCCGAUACGAAGGUCUUCCCUGACAGUCUGACGCACAUGGUCUCCGCAAUGGUCAAGGAUCCUGAGAUCAUGGGUCUCUGCGGCGAGACCAAGAUCGCCAACAAGCGCGAGAGUUGGGUCACCGCUAUCCAGGUCUUCGAAUACUUCAUCUCUCACCACCAGGCCAAGUCUUUCGAGUCGGUCUUUGGUGGUGUGACCUGUCUGCCGGGCUGUUUCUGCAUGUACCGGAUCAAGGCCCCGAAGGGAGGCAACAACUACUGGGUCCCGAUUCUUGCAAACCCUGACGUGGUGGAGCACUACUCGGAGAACGUGGUCGACACUCUGCACAAGAAGAAUCUACUCCUCCUCGGAGAAGAUCGUUUCCUCACGACUCUUAUGCUCCGGACGUUCCCUAAGCGAAAGCAGGUGUUUGUCCCUCAAGCAGUCUGCAAGACGACGGUCCCAGACAAGUUCAUGGUGCUCCUCUCACAGCGGCGUCGCUGGAUCAACUCGACGAUUCACAACCUUAUGGAGCUUGUCCUCGUGCGGGAUCUCUGCGGCACCUUCUGUUUCAGCAUGCAGUUUGUGGUGUUCAUUGAGCUUAUGGGAACUCUAGUCCUCCCGGCUGCCAUUGCUUUUACGAUCUAUGUCGUCAUAUCCUCAAUCAUCGGACCAGUCCAAGUUAUUCCCUUGGUACUGCUCGGCUUGAUCCUGGGUCUGCCCGGCUUCCUCGUCAUCAUCACAGCUCAAUCGUGGUCAUACAUAGUAUGGUUGCUCAUUUACCUCUGCUCGCUGCCCAUCUGGAACUUUGUCCUACCCACGUACGCUUUCUGGAAGUUUGACGACUUCUCGUGGGGCGACACGCGCAAGACGGCGGGCGAGGUCAAGGGGGCUGGCCAUGGUGAGGCGGAGGGAGAAUUUGACAGCAGCAAGAUCACCAUGAAACGGUGGGCCGAGUUCGAGCGCGAACGCCGCGCCAAGAACGGGUACUUUCCUGGCCCCAACGACGGUAACAUGCCAGGCAACACGAAGAGCGUCCUUUAUUCGCCAGGCCCUUCCCCUGGUCUUCACUAUCAGGAUGAGUACUACUCAGACGCAUGA